UAAAUUCUUAGUUAAUUUGCGAUUUAAGCAAACAAGUGACAUCAAUUCUUGAAUGAAAGUAUUGUGAAGGCUGUGUGCAACAUGUCAGCCUCUCUGUUAACAAAGAUGGUAUUCUUCUUUUCAAAAACACAAAUAAAUAUACAUACUAUUCUAUCCUAGUAUCCUCUGAAAUUUCCUGAUCAUGUCAUAACUGUGGGCAUUUAUUGCUCAAAUAGGCGCCAUCACAAGGGAAUGAUAUCUUGUGAAGAAUUUCUUGAAGCUUUUCAAUUGGACAUGCAACUCUUAAAUUCUCUUGACAGCAGUCUUGGUCCUUUUUUGUUUCUCUUGGUCCAUUCAUUUUGUUUGCGGAGAACUGAAAUCAAUUGUCCCACACACUGCUUUUCACAGCAAUGAGCGUUGUGUCAAAAUUGGUGUUUACAGAUAAGGUCAUUUCGUUAGGUUUGAAAACUCUUGCCCUGUCAGGUGUGAUGAGAGUUUCUAUAAACGGUUAGAUCCUAGGCAUCACAGAGGAAAGAUCCCAUUACUACAGGCUAUCAAUUGUGGUUUCUGGUUUUGUGCUGGAUGUUAUGCACUUGAGCUACUUUAUUAUCAGGAUGUAAUAAAUCACUUAAUUAUCUUCAUCCCGCUUACUGGGAUGAAGCGUUGCUCCAAUAAAAAAAUUCGUAAAAGCAUAUCUUGGAAGCUUUUCCAAUACUAAAUUUGACGAGAUGUGCACUGAAAUGAAAAGCCAUGUGCCAUCCGACUUCAACCGCGAGUGUGACCUCGACCUAGCUAACUGGAAGGGAUCAGGGUACCGGCUCUUCCUGUUAUACUUGGGGCAAGUCAUUUUGGCCUCAAAGGAAAUUGUUACUUCGGAUAUAUAUGACAAUUUCCUACUUUUCUCUGUAGCAAUGCAGUUCUUGACCACUGACUGACAUGAGGAUCAAAUGGAGGUCCCACCUGUUCCUGUCUUGACUUUCACCCCUACAAGCCCUGCUCAGCAGUGUGGGGCUCUCCCAGAGGAAUGGAAGGAACGCAUUAAUUCCAAGCUAGAAGACCUACUGAGAACAUACAAGGCCAUGGAAAACCACAUCGACAGGCUCGAUAGGCUCGAUAAGCUCCUCAGUAAGCUGAUUUCCAUGACGGAAAGCAAGUAUCUGGGUGCCUCUGAAGCCCUGCAGGCGCCAGCCAAUACCAUGACUGAAUUAGAUAAUAUGGCCAAGGAUCCAAACCUGAUUCAAAAGUUAAAACCCUACAUCGGAUCGAACUCUAAGAUGACUGUGAGGAGACUGCUAAAGCGCUGCAUGACACGAGAUUUGGCACUUCAUUUCAGCUUCACUGGUUUUGGAGAGAAAAGAACUGUAACCAAACCAGCAUUUGGGAAUCACCUACUAUGCACGCGAAUUCUAGGUGAUGCCGCGGCGUUGCAGAUGAAUGAUACGAGGCAGGUGCUCAUAAGCCACAUCCAAGCCGCACUCCGAGGUGCACGUGAUUGGGACGGAGGAAGGAAGCUGCGGCUUGAUGCUGCUGCCAACCUUUCGGGUGUCGGUUCAUCACCUCUAAGUGCUACCGUAUCUACUGCGGGUGUAAUUUCUUGUACAUCCCUUGCUGGAUCAACCGACGCUCCACGUAGUCCUGAUUCCUCACCUUACGGCGUUUUCAUUUCCGAUAUUGAGGGCGCUGACGAUGCAGCCGAAACUUUAGCCAAAGUUGAAUUGCCUAGUCCCUCUGCUAGUGAACGGUACCAGAACAAGUGUUCUUCAAUUGGUGAUGGAAAUGUGUUAAAUGAUUCCAGUGAGAGUUAGGAAAUAUGUAAGGUUUUUUAAGGGAGAUUAUAAUUACCUGUUUGGCAGUGACUUUAUUAUCAUGAUAGCAAAAUUAGUGGGAUCUGCUUGUGGCCAGUAAAUUUAGUGUCUCUCCUUGUUUAAGGUUUAGUAUAUGAUCUUAAUUUAAUGUCGUGCCAUACUGAGGUAGCUCAUUUUUUCAAUAAAUUGAGACUAAAUUGAACCUCGGUAGAAAUUGGAAUGCAUUCUCCUUACGGUUUAUUACUUGUUCAAUUGUCGACUAACCUGCAAACAAUAAAGUAGUAGAAAA